AUGAAGGACUUGGGUAAACUUAAAUAUUUUCUUGGCAUUGAGGUGGCUCAGUCAGAUGAAGGGAUUUUUCUUUCGCAGCGAAAGUAUGUUCUGGACAUCAUUGCAGACACUGGGAUGUUAGGCUGCAAGCCCGUUUCCAUUCCGUUAGAACAAUAUCAUCAACUAGCCACUGAUAAUGGUCCAGUUAUGACUGAUCCAAAGAAAUAUCGACGCCUUGUUGGUCGUUUGGUGUAUUUGUCGAUCACUCGUCCAGAGCUCUGUUAUACUAUUCAUCUUCUCUCCCAGUUCAUGCAGAAACCUCGUGAAGCACACUGGAAUGCAGCGCUUCGUGUGGUUCGUUUUCUUAAAGGAUGUCCUGGACAAGGCAUUUUACUCCGAGCUAAUAGUGAUCUUCAGCGCUCUGUUUAUGUUGAUGCCGACUGGAGUACAUGUCCAGAGAGUCGUCGAUCUCUUAGCGCUUACAUAGUACUUCUUGGAGGGUCUCCAAUUAAUUGGAAAACUAAGAAACAAGACACAGUUUCCAUGUCUUCCGCUGAAGCUGAGUACCGGGCAAUGGCUGAUGUCUGA